AUGACGUUGACGUUGCUGCCCCUCCCAGCUUCAAAUGCAGCAGACGCUUCGUUGCGGGACUUUGGCCGGGAGGUUGUGGGCGUUGAGCCUGGCUCGCUGACGGCGGCGCAAUUCGAGGAAGUCAGAGAGGCACUUUACAAGUAUGACGCGCUUCUCUUCCGCAACGCCUCGCUCAGCCCAGAGCAGCAAUACGCGCUGACCAAGGCAUUCGACCCUGCCUCAGAGAGUUAUGGGCACGGGAACAACAAGACGCAGGCUACCACCAAAUCGGUGCUCCACCCGGACCUCAAAACGAUCCCGCGCGUGCCGCAGGUCCAGCUUAUUGGCAACGGCACAGUGUUUGACCACGAAGGGCUGGUGGAGGCAAAGCUCAAGCAUCCCCACCACAAGACGUUCCACAAGACUGCUGUCAGCGAGGAGGAUGAACUGCGCGGCAUGACACGAUUCUACCGUUGGCAUAUCGAUGCGGCGUUGUACGAGCUUUCUCCGCCGCGAGUGACUACACUCUAUGCAUUGCGCGUGCCGAAAGGCGAGCCACAAGUGUGUCGCUACGACGAUGGGACGGGUGAUGAGCUGGAAGUGCCGUUGGGCACGACCGCAUUUGUCUCGGGGAGGACAAUGUUUGCGCGGUUGUCUACCGAGCUCAAAAGUCUGGCGGUUAGGGCACGGGUCAAGUAUGCUCCCCACCCGUACGUGUGGAUGGCGCCAGCGCGGGCGAAGUCGACUGGCUUGGGUAUCGAGUCGGAGGGGCUGGAGCUAGGGUUGGAUAAAUUGCCGCCUUGGGAAGAGGAGAAGGUGCAGAUUCUGCCCAUGCUCUGGAAAAACCCACUCACGGGCGAACUCUCAUUCCAGGUCCAUCCAUGUGCUGUCCUCGAACUUAUCAUCGACCCGCUCCCGCCACAAGUCUCUCGCGACACCGCUCUCUACCCCAACGGCGCCAAUAUAACCGACCUCAAGCAAGUCCGCGAGCUGCUGUACCAGAUGCAGCGGCCCGCAAUCGCCCCUUCGGUAUGCGACUAUCUCUUCGUAUAUGCCCACGACUGGAGCGAAAAAGACCUCGUCCUUUUCCACAACCGUGUCGUGCUGCAUACCGUUGUUGGUGCAUUUGCGGAGGACCAGGUCCGCGCUUUCCACCAGUGCAAUCUUGCCGCGUCAGAUGAUCCUAUCGGGCCCAGCAAAGAGGAUGUAUUACAAUGGGUGUAG